UUUUGUCAUUUCAGUUCAUUAGUUAAUAUCAUACGUUAAUCCGAUAGAGAAUGAAAAACGAGCGGCGUUGGGGCGCUUAAUGGUUGUCAUGGUUACGCAGGAACGGGAUACUUCCGUACUACGUGUUUGUAUAGUGCGCAGCGCGCGCAGCGUGUGUGUGUGUGUGUGUGUCCUGUUUAGUGCGGGAGGGUGCAGGCUUUCGAGCUCCUCACAUGGCCAUGGCGGACGGUGAGUCCACAGCGCAUGCGCGGCAUGAUGCGCGUCUUUAUUCGGGUGGAUCGCGUUAGCCGGAUAGCGUUAGCAAGAUAAAGAAAUUCUGCAUCAACUAAUCCGGAAUCUUUAAACCCAGGCCAGAGACCGCGAGGCGCCGAGCGAUGGCCAGAGAGAGAGCCGCCUUCUUCAGCCCGUUCGAGCAGGAGAUCAUCCUGAAGGCGUUUGAGGAGCACAAAGACAUCAUCACGGCCAAGUGUAACACCGCCGCGGCCGCCAAAUCCCGGGUGGAAGCCUGGCAGGACAUCGCCGACAGACUGAACGCCGCCAACCCCAACAACGUAAAGCGCACCUGGCAGCAGGUCAAAAUUAAAUACAAGAACAUUGUGCAAUGUGCUAACAGGAAACGCAAGCAGAAGUUUGGUGAAGGAUUAACAACGACCGACUUUUCACCCGCCGAAAAGAUGGCUCUUUGGCAGAUCAGAGGGCGUCCGGUGAUCGAUGGGACCAUUUUGGGCCUUUCCUCUGAGCAGACUGGCAUUAGCGUCGGGAGGCACAUAGCAAUGGAGCCAGAAAGCUCCGCAACUCUUAUACAAAGAGUUCCAGCCAUUCCCGAUUCUGCAGAAGAGCACACUGAGCACUCAGAUUCAGAACAUGACGAGAAGAACAUUGUGGUGUGCUCUCACCCAGAAGAGGGCUCUGAAGCGUACACUAGUCAAGAAGAUCCUGGACCUUCUGGACCAUCAAGACCUGCUGACGAAGAUAGAGACGAGGAUGUGACGGCGCUGUAUAAACGCUACCUCAGGCAGGAAAUCGCGUACCGCCAGCUGAAGAUGAAGAAGCUAGAGAAGGAGAUCCAGCUGCUUGAUAAACAGCUGGACGUGAGUUAGAGCAUCACUGAACUAAUUGCUAGUCGGACCGGAUGAAAUAAACUUUCAGAGAAAAAACAUAACAAAACAGUAACAUCUGCUAAAAGACCCAGCUGUCAGCGACUCUCACCGUGAGCUCCUAGAAGUUUCAAACUCCAUCGUUCAUCGUCUGUUUUUUUUUCCAGAGACGGGCUGUUUAAAUAUAAAGGGAGGAGAGUGAGAUACUCAACGAAGGUCCCGCCCCUCUAGUGAAGAGCCAAUAUAAAGCGCUUUGCACAGCAGCCUGAGCAACCGGCAAAAUAAAAGUCUUUUUAUUCUGUUAUUUAAAGCCAGAGGACAGACGUGGCUGUCGGAUUGCAACAAACAUUUAAAUUUAAAAUGGUCGACUCUGUUCUGAUGUGCAGUGGAGAUGAGUCUGGACAUGUGUGUGAGUCCUGGACAUGUGUGUGAGUCCUGGACAUGUGUGUGAGUCCUGGACAUGUGUGUGAGUCCUGGACAUGUGUGUGAUACCCUGCUGUAAACCACGCUGGUCAUGACGUGUUUCAUUUUAUCUUCCGUUUAUCUGUAGAUGACUAGCAGCAAGAAUUAAUUUAAAACAAUAUGCAAUAAGAUUAAAACUUCAAAAGGAAAUGCCAGUGAAUUCUGACAGCCAUGAGAAUGUGACUGUUGAACUGAAUUGUAAGUUCGAUGACUGAUUAAAGCAGACGAGAAUGUUAAGUUA